UUUCUCUUGUUCCCUAACUUCUCAGUGUCGGCGAGCCGUUGGCAAGACUAGAGGCAGUUUCCGAUUUUCUUUGGAGAAAAGAUAGGCUUGGUUUUCAUGUCAGCCACGUCGCCCCUGCCAGUGGGUCAAGCAAUAGCUGCCUAUAUUGACCCUCAAUAUUAUGGCGGUGUGAUCGCCAUAUGUAUGUUCGGAAUAUGCAUCUCGCAAACAUGGACGUAUAUCCACACAAACGAUGAUAGAUGGCCCCUUCAAGUGACAGUCGCAUUUAUCUUUCUCUUUGUCUUCGGGUGCACCCUUCUAGACGCCUUGGCGCUCAAUCAUUAUCUGGUCCUCGAAUACGGGAAUAUCGUCGAACUAACACGAAUCACUCCCGAACUAUCACUUUUUACCCUGUUCACCGUGGUAGUUAUCGUAACUUCUGAUCUAUGUUUCGCUACUCGGGUCUGGAGGCUGAGGCGAGUCCAUUGGAUGGUCACCGCCUCAAUUGCUUUGACAGCGGUGGGAGCCUUGAUUCCCGGAAUCACGCUGGUGAACGCACUAUUCAAAUUUCCAACGAUAGGCAGCCUCAAUAACUUCCAUCGAAAGAUCGAAGUUGGAUUCAUCAACAUCCUCGCAGCGGUAUCGCAGUGCAUGUCAACCUUCGCACUUUGGUAUUCUUUUCAGGCUCAUAUAAAUGAGAUAGGGCCGAGUACUCCACAGUCUGUUCUCCUGCGCUUAAGUAGCGUCGUCGUCAAUCGAGGAGUGCUCUUGACGGUGUGUGAGCUCCUGGUGGCUUUUUUGUUCUUUUACCAUCCCGAAAGACUCUAUUGGUCGCCCUUUCAUCAAUUCCUAGCGCCACUGUAUUAUAUUACCAUACUCGCCACACUAAACGCGAGACGACCAGAACCCACUCAACCUUGGGAACUUCCUCCAGAGUCCCCUACCACACCUUCUGUCACACCAAGCGCGUUAGAGCACGGUCACAGUUUCCUCCGUGCCGGGUUAGGGAACGAAAUGCGAAUGAGGAUGGGUUGGGGAAUUACCCCCUUCUCUCUUGACGCUCCCGGCGCUAGUGCUAGAGGAAACCCAUCCCUACGGACUCGGACUCGGACCAGUACUCAAGACCGCAAACCACUGCCGCAACAGGCGUUUGCUGCUCUCACCCCGGAUUUCUACAAACAGAGUCCAAAUUUGGCACCUCAGGAGAAGAAAAAGGGUUGGGGAGGAACCAACGAGAAUAGAAAUGGAAGUGAUAUUUCGUUGGUUGAUCUGGCCACUCCGGAACUGUUGGUCGAUCAAAAGAGUGAGGUACUGGAGACGCCCCGACGACAACUACCACCGAUACCUCCUCCCGCAUUGCUUCCUAGAAGAACAGUUUAGGACUCGUCAGCGGUAGCCGGUACUUGUUUUCAGUGGAUCCCAUCACUCCAAGACGCUAUUUAUUAAGUUAAUCAUUCAUAAUCUCGUAUAAUGUCCAGGUAUGAUGAAGAAGCCUUGCCGUGAUGAACGGAAGUUCUUCCUUAUGACCGGUGACAAGCCGAAUGCGACAUGGAUUGAUUCGGGAACCCUCCUUGCAAAC